UGUUAAGAGAUAAUGGCGGAAACGGCGUCGUAAUGGGUCAUAAAACUUGGGUUGUCGUGUCCCUAGCAACAAGCGGAAAAAGCUGCGCUCCCACACUGAAAUCACAAAACCGACAGCGUAUCAUGAUGCCCAAAACGAAUAACCAACAAGUUUCUCUUUUGAUUGCUCACUCAGAUGCUCUUAUUUUCUCUCCAUUCGCGCUGAUCAUGCAGAUUUCUCUUUUGAAAUUUUGAAACAAGAGUAGGUAAGUGAUGGCAGCAGCCGAAGCAAGAGCUCUGUGGCAGAGAACUGCUAAUCGUUGCUUUGUCCAAGAAGACGCGAAACGAGCUCCUAAGUUGGCUUGUCAAUCUUCAUGUGCAACAUCAAAAUUGGUGGAUGCUGGACCAGCCAAUAUAGUAGAUGAAUCCAAUCAUGUUGUUAAUGUCACCCAUUUUGACAGGAAAUCAUCAUUUUCUGAUCCAUCAGCUGAAUCUAGGUGGUGGUUGCGUUUGCAACCUAAUUAUGGGUAUCAUAAGGAUGAGGUUGAAACAAUGAAAGCUAGUGAUGAAAGUAAAACAUUCAGCAAAAAUUAUGAGGCAUCUCCUGAAUUAAUGGAUGUGGUGGCAAAACAUGAGGCAUUGCAGAUUGAUUCUGUUGGCUGCUCGGUGUCCAAGCAAACAAAUUACUCAUGGAUUGAUGAUGAUAAAGCUGAGCCUUGGUGGCGGACGACAGAUACAAAUGAGUUAGCUUCCUUUGUCUCACAGAAAUCCCGUAGCCAUAUUGAGAAUUGUGACCUUCCUCCCCCUCAGAAGAAGCAUUUUAGAGGACAUGCAUAUGCUAAUAUCAGCAAUCACAAAAUAAGGACAGCAUCUCAUGAAUGGGAGGCUAAAUUCAAAGGUGUUUCCAAUUUGACAUAUCAUGAACAAGGAAAUAUAGGUUCUGGCUUGAUGCAUAAAAAGCAGGGAUCUUCAGCCAAUGAAGGCCUUUCAUAUUUAGUUUCUCACAAAUCUUUGAGUUAUAGGACCAACGACGAGGAUGUCACAUUUGAGGGAGACCCCAGUAAAGCUGAACUAAUGGAAGCAUUAUGUCAUUCUCAAACUCGUGCAAGGGAAGCAGAGGAAGCAGCAAAGAAAGCUUACGCAGAGAAGGAACACAUUGUUGCGCUCAUUUUCAAACAGGCUUCACAACUCUUUGCAUAUAAGCAAUGGUUCCAACUGCUGCAGCUUGAAGCACUUUACAGUCAAAUAAAGAACACAGAUCAGUCAAUCUCUACUCUCUUUCCAGUGUCUCUUCCACGGAAACCACGGAAGAGGAAGCAGGGAGACGAAAUUCAAUCGAAGCCAAAAUGCGAUGUUACAACAUAUGCCGUUGCGAUUGCUUUAGGAUUGAGCCUUGUUGGAGCUGGAUUACUCUUGGGUUGGACUGUGGGGUGCAUGUUGCCUCGAUUAUAGUAUACUUGCCUGCAUCAUUUGUAGCAUAGUCCUGUUUGAUUCAUGCUAUUCUAUAUAAACAAAGUGAAAUUGUUGAGUGGGAAAGAAGCCUCAGUUAAUUUGUCAAAUUUGUAUGUAUUUUUGUAGAUAUCUUAGUGCCUGUGAAUGUAAAUGUGAUGUAUAUAAAAUCCGAUUUCCGAAUAUGCUACUUGUGAUCUGUAAUGUAUGUAUCUAAUUGAUGAAUUUGUAA